UGUCAAUCCCAUCAGCGGCAGCGGCGACAAUCAAUUGCCAGUUCAAGGAUGUAUGUGUAGGAUCGCUCUUUUUAAUUUCUUUUAAUUGUCCUCAAACUUGUCGUAGUGACGCGCGUCCAAAUUCAACCAGAAAGGCCGGACGAACAGCCGUGUACUUUACUUCCAAGGUGUGUCAUGAGCGGUCUCCAACCGGCCAGGACGGAAAAUACAACGGACCCCAAAUCAAGAAUAGUCAUGCCGGGAGGCGUGAACCGGGUGGCGCUUGGCUCCGGCGUUCUCUCGCUCCCUCCCGUCAGUUUCGCCCUCUGGCUGUUGGCUGCACAUCCAACUGCUCGCUCAACCGGGUAAGCGCCGUGGGGGAUCAGUCGGCUGAACGACGGGCUGAAAAUACUGUGAGCCGUCUAUUCCUUGGUCAUCAAUGCCGCUGCCGCCCUGACUAACGGGAAAAGAAAACUAUGCCCAAGCCUAUUAAGGGUCAGUAUCGGCACAGAAUUGAUGCGAGUCUGCAUGAAUAUAAAAUUCUUGGUCAACAAUU